CAAGGAGAGGGCAUAAAAGCGGAGCGAUCGCUCUCGGCUUUAUUAUGCUCAAUUUGACCACUAAUUGCCAGUCUAACCGCUCGGACCCAUGGUGAAGAGAAAGAAGACAUCGUCUACUACAGAGGAGCACCAAAAUGGCAUGACACCGGGCUCCAGGGAGGGGAUCGGUGUCGAUGGGAGGAGGAAUCCGUCCAGAAAGCCCGACGGUUGCGACGAAGAGGAGAACGGAGAGCAGGCGAGCGAGGAGCGCAGUACAAAGGGAGAGGACGGAGUGGAAAUUCUUAAUCCAUCAACCACGGGUCUCAGCUCCGGUUCAGCCCCGGUCCUUCCUGCUUCUGCUCCGAACCGAACCGGACCAGGCUCGACCCAGCUUCCCCAGACAUCAGCUGAGCCCGGCCCUCCGGGCCCCGACCAGCAUCAUUUUCUCCGAUCAAGCGUUCGACCUCCGAGCAAACGGAUACGGAAGGAUUCAAUCGGCUCCUCCAUCAAUGGACAUGGCGGGGCAAAAUCGAAAGGGGCAGAGAAUGGCUCCUCUUCCCAGGGUGUGGUGGGACAGACGGGGCCUGUGGUCAGCUCCACGGGGGGAGUAUCCAAGACCUCCAAGGGCCAAGGGUCUACAGAGAAGGAAGAACAAGCUGGUAACCAGAAAAGAGCCCGUCGGCAGUGGGAAUCCUGGAGCGCCGAGGACAAAAACAGCUUUUUUGAGGGUCUUUAUGAGCACGGGAAGGAUUUUGAGGCCAUCCAGAACAACAUUGCAAUGAAGUACAAGAAGAGAGGCAAACCAGCAAAUAUGGUGAAGAACAAGGAACAGGUCCGCCACUUUUACUACCGAACUUGGCACAAGAUCUCCAAACACAUCGACUUCGCUAACGUGUACUCCAGGGUGUUAAAGAAAUCUUCUCAAGAACUGUACGGCCUCAUCUGCUACGCCGAGCUUCGCAAAAAAGUUGGAGGAUUGAUGGAUGAUAAGAAUGUGGCAAAGCUGAACGAACUCAUCCAGCAAGGGGCCACUACCGUGCGCUCUAAAGGGAGGAACCUGCGGAUCAAAGCUCCAAUGUGCCGAGCGUUGAAAAAACUUUGUGAUCCAGAUGGAGUGAGUGAUGAAGAGGACCAGAAGCCAGUGCGUCUGCCCCUAAAGGUGGCAGUGGAGCUCCAGCCACGCAGUAACCACUCCUGGGCCCGAGUUCAGAGUCUUGCCCACAACCCUCGCCUCAGGAUGGUGGUGGAGCUCCACAGGAAAGUCUCCAGCCUCAUAGAGUAUCUGAAACAGAAGUGGGCUUAUCAUGACCAGCGAAUUCUUAAGAGUCUCAUGGAGAGAGAGGCUCUAGAAGGCAACCAGACCAGCACAGCCUCUCCCAGCAUAACUCAGAAGGAAGAACUUUUUCUUUUUCCAGCUGAGAGCUGCACAUUAACCACACUGCCUGGGGUGGCACGUGUGGUUCACUCCAAAGCCUCCUGCACUGUCCAUUGGAUCGAGAGUGGCAAGAGCCGGCCUAAUGCCAAGGAGUUGCCAGCUGCCCAGAUCCUGGGCAUCCAUGCAGCUCCACAACCUCGAACUGGCAGCAAAUCUGGGCGGGGAAGCGCUGCUGUUGCUGGUGCUUCACUGACUAUAACGGGUGAUGCUCGUCGAACUGAAACCCCCAACCCUGAUCCAUCAGCAGACAGUUCUGCAAAGGUAGAGGAGAAGAGACUUCAGUCCCCUUGUGUCCCAGUUUCCUCUCAGCAGACUGUCAGAGAAGAGGGAGAUGGGAUGGGAUCUUCUGAUCCAGGAAAGGCCUGCACUGGCGUUGAGGUUAGUGGUGGUUUAGCCAUGACCAGAAGCACGGACAGGUCAUGUAGUGGUGCCGAUAGCUCCUCUGAGCAGUACAAAGAGGAGCAGAGCACCAGCGCGUCUUCCUUGGAGGCCAACCAGCCUCCUUCAGUCAAACCUCCAGUGACUGGCUCAGACGAAGCCGUGUCGCAAGCUUCCCCACCAGCGACCAAAGAACGGGUCGUUGAGCAAAUCAGAGAGGAAGGCUGGAGCGCCCGUGACGCGGAGAACGUCACCCUGGCUGAGCUGUACCUGAUGUUUGGGAAGCCAGGCAAGCUGCAGCUGGAGUACGAGUGGCAGCCGGUCACAGCUCCUCCCAGCAACUCAGAAGAGGGACAAGCCUCAGUGCAGCCAAAGCCCGACAGGACAAAUCGAGUUUUGCGCUGCUUACUCAAGCUGGUUUCCACUGAAGUCAACCCCAAACCUCUGGCUCCAGAGCUGUGCUCCACAGCCACAUCACCCCUCAAGACCUAUCAGGAGGAACAAAACCAGGUCCUCACACCUCCGGCGAAGGGUCCUGUUGCAGGCGCCCGUAGCCCAAGCUGUGGGCGGCCGCAGGCGUCUCUGCGCAUGCCCAAGUUACAGCUGCCAAGUGCUGGAGGUGGGCGCAACCUUCCCCGCUCUCUGCUGGGUUCUACUGCAGUUGGCGAAUCAGAAAGCGGCGUGUUCGCAGUACCCACCACGCUGCCACCCAACAGCUCACGGCACAACCGAAUGUUCUCCCCUAACAAAGAGGCAGAGCUAGCCUUCAGACAGCAGCUCGACUCGAUCAGUAUGCAGUCAGAUCUUUUCCUUUCUAGACAGAGAAAACCUCGGAACAGACAACUUCGCAAACCACUUGUAGUUCAGCGAACACUGCUGCCCAGAACUACAGGAGACACUCCUCAACACGUCUGCUCCUUCUCCAUCCUCUCCAACUCCUCUGCCACAGGAACUGGAUCUUUCCGGCCGAUCCAUCCCCGACUAGCUCCUUCCUCUCGCUCUGUCCAAACUAAAACGACCCCAGCAACAUCCAGCUCUGCGGGGGCCAGCCAGCUCUCUAGUGCCAUUGACCUGGCAGCCAAGUCUGCAGGCAUCAUCCCAGGCAGUCCCUGUCGGGAGGUGGAUUCUUCCACUGUGGAUAACAGCGCUCUUCUCGCCACCACUCCCAUUGCUGAUGCUGAGCCAGACUCUCAACUCCACCAGCAAAAUGUUCCAGAGAAUGGCGUACCACCUCCGUCUCCUGGAGUCACCGGCGGGGGAGACUCACUCCUCUCUCCACCGAGCGUUGCCUCGCUCCUUGAUAUCUCACUCCCAGGCCCUCCUGAAGAGGCUCUAACCCCCGGAGAACCUCAAACGCAGAUCAGCGACUCCAUCAUCGAGCUUGCCAUCAACUCCACACAUUAUGGUGAGGAGGCUGCUCUCUCUCCAGCCAAGCUGGGCAACAGCGACGGCUCCAAACUGCUGGCCUCGUCUCCCUCGCUCAGCCCAUCCAGAGGCUGGAUCCCUUCACCCAGCCACGAUCCUCAGUGGUACCCCAGCGACUCGUCUGACUCCACACUGGGAUGCCUCCUUUCCAGCAUGGUCUCUCCUGAUAAGGGCAGACGGACCACCCUAACCCCCACUGGCCCCUCCAGCGGCACAGCUCUACUCGGUCCUAGCCUCCUGGACUGCAAUUCUCAUGAUUCCUUUCAAUCCCGUGGCCUUCCUGAUGUGGCAGAGAUGGAUUCUCAGCUUGCUUGUAUGAUGAGUGAGAGCAGCAUAGACUACAUCGCUCGCUUCAAUGAUCUGGCUCAGGAGCUCGCCGUGACUGAGCCCUCCAUCCCACCUCCCUGAGGAAGACUCCACCAAGCCAUGGUCAUCUGUACCUCUAAUCUACAGCCAGUUCCAGGCAUUUCCACUUGGGUGGGGGGGAAGAGAGAGACACAAAUUGCUGGGCCCACACUUGGAAGCAGUGACUACUGCUAGAAAUUCAAAACUGAUUUGCAGCCAGCAGCUGCAAAUUACCCCAACUUUUACCACGUCUGGUUCUCAGACCUGUCGAUAAGCAGGCUGGUCCUAAAAAGAGACCAAGGCAGAACUUUGCUCACCUAGAGCAUCAUGUUGUUGGUGACAAGAGGUACUGUAAGUGAGGAGAGGAGAGGUUUCCUCUCUGUCUUCUCCCUGUUUGGAGAAAGAAGACUGGGGAGAAAGGCCAACCCCAUCCCCCCUCAAAGCCAUCCAUGGCCUGUUUGUAAAAGUGCAAUAAUAGGUGGUCAACCGUGACCAUUGUUCAAAAGCGAGUUGCGUUGGUUUCACUGAACUGUUCUCUAAGGAACAAUUCCCUUUAAAUACAAACACUUUAGAUAAAACAAAUGAGUUUACAAAAAUACAACCUCAUGUACAGGAAAAUACUAUGCCAUAUCCGAACAAAAUAUCUGCAACGAUCUUUCAUGUCUCUUCCUGCUCUCGGUGUGUGAGUGCAUGAAUGUAUCUGUGUGUGUGCGUGUGUAUUAAAGGCUCUAAGGUGACCUCUCAAAAUGUGCAGUUCAGAUCAUCAGCUGGUGGCAAACAGCCACUGGACUGUGAUUUUUUUAUUUUUUAUUUUUUUUUAUUUUUUUUAUUAUUAUUAUUAAAAGUAAUGUCGGUGAGAAAGAGAUGCUUGGCAUAGUUCAGUAGCAAAAGUGGAACAAAACAAAGUGGUGCGUAGAAGUUCAUUUUUUCCUGUUGGCCUCCUUUUUUCUUUUCUUUUUGUUCCUCAUCUCUUAUGAGUUCAGGUGUUACAGAUUGUGUUCUAGUCAUGCGUGUUUGGUAUCGGGUUCUUCAGUUCUCAAACCCACAUUUAAAAACAAAAAACAAAUAAAAAAUGGCAGCUUGUUGGUUGACUCCACUUGGGUAGCUCUACAGAUGCUGAAAAUGUUAUUGCAUUUAUUUUAUUGUUGCAUUCAUUACUCAUUAGUUUUAUUGUGUGCAGAGAUGCAAGUUCAAAUAUUGGAUUUUGUUGCAUAAACAGGAAUACCUUUUAGAUAUUUAAGCCCUCUUCACACGUGUGGUAUUUGGAGACUGAAUCAGAAUGUUUUAAAGAGUCUGUGCUGACAGUGCUUAUAGCCACAAACAGCAUAAUGUACGUAAUGUACUGUUCUUCAUGGUUGCUGCGUCUGAAUGCAAGCCUUGAGGAAUGUUCACAUUAAAAUGUUUCCUUUGACUCGGCGCUUUCCCCGCUCCUCAUAUGCAAGCUGCAAUAGGGAGAAUUUCCCUCCUGGAUUGUAGAUGUGAGCGUGAAUUGCAGAGGAAGGUUUAAAUGAAGGGAGAUGAACAUCUCAAAAAGAUGCGCGUGAGACGUGAGCGGCAGCACUCUGAUGCGUGCCUGUUUGUUAACAUACAUUCAGGCUUGCACUGUUUUUAAAGGUGGCCUAUCCAGACCUGAAGCUGCCAGAUCAACAGCAAGGAGGGCGUGUCUUUGUUUACUUUUGGUGUCAUUUUCAAUAAGGCUGACACAACAGGUGGGCGUUCUCUUGCCGCCGCCAUCGAUUACAAGGAAAUCUAACAAUGUUGCUCAUUUACUUUCCUUAGCUCUGUUGCUUUCUUGCCGUCCUAAUUAGUUCAAACAAAUGAGCUGUCUGCAGCCACACAUUCAUUUUGUUUGACAAACUAGAAUUAUGAAUGUCCUGGGUACUAUUGAGUUCCCAGUAGAAAUACACUCCAUAAGAGCGAGCGGUUAUAGGUAUUUAAUUUAAUGAAACACUAAAGCCAUAGUUGACUCCAUUUAUUUUAAUUUUUGUUUUUUAUUAUAUGCCCCCAAAUUACUUUCCCUCUGACUAGUGGAUGCUAACAAAACACUAUGACUAAAGUAAGAGUGGCUCUUACAUGUUACAGAAGCAGACAUCAUUUCUUAGUUUUUCAUGCAGUGCACAUGCAGUGUGCAGUACAGACUCAUUGCCUUCACAUUUAAUUUGAUCAACCAGCAUCAUCUCUAUGCAGCUGUGUGAACCCGUUUGGUGUAAACUGUUAGGUGACCUCUUUGUCAUUCCACAAACGAGAUUGUAAAACGAUCUAACAAAUGUAAGCGCUCCUGUGGUGUUAAUUUGUGAACAACAUUUGGAAACGCUUGAUCUUGUCACACUAGAUGAUUCUUAAUAAGGAAUCCUAUUGAAGGAUGUAUUUGUACAAAUGGAAAUUCCAGUAUUCACUGCGCUUUUGUAACAUAAUGUAAAUCAUUAUUUGGACUAUUUAUUGUUAAUAUUUCUGAGACAAGUGUUUUUUCUGUUUAAUUUAAGGUGACAUCCAAGAAAGGAGAAAAAAAAAAUACUGUUUUCAGUUUGUGAAAGGUGUUUUAUUCUGUGUAUAAAGAUGGUUAUAAAAA